AAUCGUUCGACAGGCGGCAGCCCAUCCUCCUCCUCGGCAUGGCGGACGGCGUCCUCCUGCGUGUCCUUGAGACGACCAUCGUCCUGAUGGAGGGCCUCUUGCUUCCUCUGGAAGUGUUCCUCCUCCUGUUGUUCAAGUCGACACCGCUCGCGUUUACAACCGACCAGUCUGCCGUCCAUCACUUUCCGCUCGUGACGUCGACAGCGACAAUGGACCACGCGUCGACUGCCAGUCGUCGAAGGAAGAGCGAUUCGUGCAUGGAAGCGUGUGCACCCGAGCCGAUGACGUCCGCCCUUCCACGCUUGCGACACGCCAUGACGUGGGAGGAAAAGUACGCCCUCCAUGUGACUCAGUUACGAUCCAACACCACGAGUAUGUGGAGCGAGCCGUCCGCAGCACCCGUGCUCGUUCGUGGACCGACCUAUGUCAAGGACAGCACCAAGAUGCCUGCUGGACCUAGUCUUGGAAGGCUCGUUCACGUCGACGUGUGGAAAGGAACGCGGGCGCGUCCCGGUCGAAUCGAUCACAUCGCCCUGGUCGAUUUGGACCGUCCCAACAGCAUUCUCCGGUACUUUCAACACGAACAUCCAUCCGACAAGGUGUUUGUGCUCAAUUUUCAGGUGCCUGGCACACCGUUCGCCCACGUUGUGUGCUACUGGCUGGUCUCGUCGGCCGACGUGGCGCAGCACCCGCCGUUUUCGCGCCUCUGGGCUCAAUUCCAAGACGCCAUUCAUGCCAACACGCCUGCAUUCUGCAAUGCCCACUUGAAGCUCAUCCCAGCGCUCGUGACCGCGCCGUGGGUGGUCAAGGCCAUGGUACCGCAAAAGCCGGCCCUCGUCGGCAACAAACUCACCCAGAGAUAUGUCUGUGGUCCCAACUACAUUGAAGUCGACAUGGACAUCCCGUCCAGCACAAUCGCGGCCAACAUCGUCGGGCUCUGCCGCGGAUAUUCCAACCAGCUCGACGUCGACGUGCACUUGACACUUCAAGGCGACACCGAAGCCGACCUCCCCGAAAAGAUCUUUGCGUCCGUGCGACUGUCCAAGCUCGACUUUGCGCACGCUGAAGAUAUCCUGUAGCGCCAACCUAACACAGCAAUCGACGGCGACGAACACAAAAAGACGUCGGUCGAAUCGUACGACAGGGGGCUAGCAGUACUUGGGCACGCCAACUGGAGAGCUGUAGCGCUUCAGGUGGGCUCCGUGGCCUCGCUCUCAUUGCGCUACACUUUUGGUAGCGACAGAGGUCGGGGACGGCGUGUGGUUGAACUGGCGGCAAACGUCUCUGCGAGAGGUUUGGCCAUGCUCCAUGCCGAAUUAGUACCUGUCACAGGAAUCCUGGGAGCCCAGCUUGCACGAGGCCGCGAUAGCAAGAUGAGCGGCCCAGGAGCGCCGUCUCCAUCCACAGCGACGUUGGCUUGAUGCGACAGCGGAUACAUCCUUGUCCUGCUGGUGCCGUAGUGCACACAAGGAACUCGCCCAUGGUGGCGACUGUACGACUCCCCACGACAGCGAGAACCAGCCAGAGGGCGUCUGGUAUCGUCGCAGUGCUCUCGACGCAUGUCAACUUUGACACGGUGGCGUUCAUCUCGAGCUGUGCCCGCCAUCACCCCACAGGCCAACAACACAAGCAUCUCGUGUGUCGCAAUGUGCCUCAUCAUGGGCUGGCCGUCCUUGAGCAAGUCGGCGAGCACUGAUCCGCCCGCUCACUUUGCCUCGCGAUCGCUUGCUUGGCACACGCUGCCCAACAUUGCCUCAACUAGCGACUUCAACCAGACAUUGCACACGC